CGAAGUCGACGUCAAACCUGCUAACGCUCUGACGUUCUGCGGAAUGUUACCGUCCCGGAUGUCAAGCGUACUCUUGCGUUGAUGGGUUACGAGAAGUCGAGGAUGCAGGAAUACUAUAAAUGCCUCUUACGUCGGUUUGGUUAAAGUGAGGGAAAUGCUGAUGAAGAUAGUAGGGAUGGGGCCAAUGCGGACGGAGAUGCGCAAGAAGACGAGGAAGACACCAUAAACGAGUCCCCAAACGUUGCACAGGGCCUUCUCCCUCACCAUUCUUUACAUCGCAGCACCGACCCUCCGAUAAUUAAUCCGUAUGUCAUCCACAUUCUAAUCUUCUUCCGCCGUCGGGGUUCCUCAGUCAAAGGAGGCGACCUCACAUAUGUCCUAAUCUCGCGCCUUGGAGUCUAUGAACGACGAUGGAGUUAGUGGCGGAGGAGACACUAGACAAGCACGACCGCGAAAUCGAGGAGAUUUAUCAAGAGAGUCUAUGGGCUGAGUUUUCCGAUGAUGAGGAAUCGGUCGAACUUCCGGAUCGUCAAGCGAGCAACGUGUAUGCCGGCCGCAAGUGCAAGAAGAACAAUGACAGUAGCGAUGAGGAAGCCGAGCAGGAGGAGUUGCGCUCGCGGUCAUGAUAAUUAGUUUCUGACAGAAGCGGACAUAAAGAUCGUCGUGAACAUCAGGAUACGGCUCCUGUGAAGGCAAUGACGUCAAAUAUCGAUAGGAACCUACGGAAAGGGUUUGGGAGUGUCAAUCGUCGGUAUUUGCUCGCCGAUCGAUGCGCAAUGGAUUUUGGGGGAUCGCACUGGAGUCAACACGCACUGUUGAUAUCAUCCGCUUCCUUUCGUGAUGGGCACUUCCGCCGAAUCCUGGAGCAUAACCGAAGCUUUGUCACGUUCUGUCUGUUGCAAACCCUUCCUCACGUCACUAUCUCUACGGGUAUAUCUCCAGACG